AUGGCGCCAACAAGGUUGGCAUCAAAGCCGAUCGGUGCCAAUGAGAACCUAAACGGCAUCAUGAGCCAUGGUAUCACGACAAGGAGUAAGCAAUUAGCUUCUCUGAAGACCUCCAAAGAUAGCCUUAAGGCGCCAAAUAAGAGAAAAGCUGACAGUCCCCUAAAAGACAUGACUGCUAAACGGGCGGCCUUUGGGGAUAUCACUAAUGCCUUCAAUAAAUCCUGCGCAAAUAAUGAUAAAGACAAAGGCAUGGCGCUAAAGAAAGUCACAGUAGAGAGCAAAAUGCUACCAACAGUAAAGAAUAUCAAACCACAGGCAACUCUAAAUGGCAAGACAUCCAAAACAAAGCAAUUUCAGAAGGCAGCAACAAAUGCCUUAGAAUCAGUACAGAAGCAUUUUGCCAAAGAUCCACCCAAACCGGUUGCAACUAGAGCCCAGAAUGGCAUCCUCAAGAAUAUUGAAAGGAAAGAAAAGUCUCUUGGCAAAGAAAAUCAGAAUCAAAGUCAAAAUUCAGCCAAAUCUAUUAGAAGUGAUGUUUCUGGAGAACCCUCAUUGUAUGUAACAGCAUUAGAAAAUAUCAGUCCAAGUGAUGCCGCAAAGGAAGAAUACAAAGUGAUAAGCGAGAAGCUCGACAAAGUCAACUUGGAUGAUACCAUCAAUAAGUCUUUGGAUGACGAGACGGAAACGCCUCACCAAGUCCCAGAGAACGUGACCGACUUCGACAAAGAGAACUGGAAUGACCCCUUCCAAGUCGCCAACUAUGCUAUGGACAUCUUCAACUAUUUGAAAAGUAGAGAGCGGUUAUUCAUCAUCGACGACUACCUCCAAAGGAUGAAAGGCAUCACAUCCUGGAUGAGGGCUCUCCUAGUGGACUGGAUGGUGGAAGUCCAGGAAAGCUUUGAGCUGAACCAUGAGACCCUGUAUCUGGCCGUGAAGCUCGUGGACUUGUACCUGACCCGGUCAAGCAAGACCCUGCCAGAGAGGGAGCAGCUGACGAAGGAAGAACUUCAGUUACUAGGUGCUUCGGCACUAUUCAUUGCAUCCAAGUUUGAUGAACGAAUCCCUCCUCUAGUUGACGAUUUCCUCUACAUAUGCGACGGCGCCUACACCCUCAGCCAGUUGCUCAAGAUGGAGAUGAACAUUCUACGUGUUAUAGACUUCGACCUGGGCGUGCCGCUCUCCUACCGCUUCCUCAGGAGAUACGCCAGAUGCGCCCGAGUGUCGAUGCCCACGCUGACGUUAGCGCGGUUCGUGCUGGAGCAGUGCCUGUUGGAGUACGGCCUGCUGAGCCACUCGGACAGCAAGAUGGCGGCCGCGGCGCUGUACGUCGCGCUCAGGAUGAAGUCGCUCGGCAGCUGGACGCCCACCCUUCAGUAUUAUACAGGUUACAGCCUAAAACAAAUCCUUCCAAUAGCGCUCGCCCAAAACGCUACCCUUCACAAGAAACCAAAAUCUGCUAUCAGUACCGUAAGGAACAAGUAUUCGCAUACAAUUUUCUUUGAAGUGGCCAAAGUUCCCCUCAUAGACGACUCGGUACUGAGCAGU